UUAUGUUCCGAGUGGCCGGCCAGUCGUCUAAUAAAUAUACUUUAUAGUAAUUAGUAUUGGUAGGACUUAUAUUGUGUCUGAAAUUUUUAGAGAUCUAAUAAUAUGGACAGUGAUAAGAAAAAAAUUCAAGUCAAUUCUGCUUCGUUAAUUGACUUGAAAGCUGAGCUUUUCCGAAAACGAGAAGACUUUAAGCAAGCCAAGUUACAGAAGGAACUUGGAAAUGCAACUCCUUAUUCCCAAGAAAAGAAAAUUAAUGUUUGGAGCAGAAAAAAUAAAGGAGUUUUAGAACGAGCACAAAAAGAUCUUGAAACUAAGACUGAAGAGGAUGAUGUCUUGACAAAAUCAAGUUUUCUAACUUGGUGGUAUUUGCACUAUACAAGUCAUACCCUACAGGAUUAUGUGACUAUCAGAGCUGCUUUAGAGCGAAAGGCCAAAUUGUAUGAACAUAUAACUGAAGGGAGAAUUAUUCCAGAGGAUGAAGAAAAUGAACGUUAUCUUGUGAACUUCCAAAAAAAGUCGGUAGAUGCUAUCCUUGCAGAGAAAAGAGAAAAGGAAAGACAAGAUAAAUGGGAAAAUGAAAAUCCAAUUCCUGAACCUUCAUGCUCAGAAGAAGAAUGGGUUGACUAUGUAGACACUUUGGGAAGAUCAAGGCGAUGUAUGUUGAAAGAUCUUGCAGAAUUAAAAAAGAUGGAUGAUAACCUUAAGAUUUCACAGAUAAGUGUUAAAAAAGGCAAUGGACAAUCGGAACUUUUGUCUGAUGACAUGAGGAAAGAAAUUAUUCGACAAAACUGGGAACAUCAAGAGAAGGAAGCUCUUUCACAACCAGUUGGACCAACACAUUAUGAAAAUGUGCGAUAUGAUGAAGUACGAGAUCAUGGAGUUGGUUAUUUUUCUUUUUCUACGGAGGAAGGAGAACGUCAAAAACAAAUGGAAACAUUGAAGAGUCUGAGGGAACAGACAGUAAAACAAAGGACAGUACGAGACAAGAUGAAACAGAAGCGACAGAGUUUGCUAGAAGCAAGAUUGGCUAAAGUCCGGCAGAGGAAGAACUUGAAAAUUAAUGAUGUUUAUGAUGAUGAGAAUUACAAAGGAGAACUUUAUAUCGAUAGUACUGUCGCUUUAGAACCACAAGAGUCAACUGCUUCUAAGUCAGAAAUAAAAGAAACUCCUGUGGCUCCAGAAAAGCCCAUUCAGGUCAGACCAUGGGAUAUUGGGAAGGAUGGUCUGAAUGAGAAAGAUUUUAAGAAAGAGGAAUUGCACAAAAAAAUGAGUCAAAUGGACUGGAUAGAAAUCAAAAGAGCAGAGCGGCCCAUGGAGUUUGCACCACCCCAGUUUUUGUAUUUAACUUCUUCAUCUGGAAAUAAUUCUAAGAGAAAGUCAAGUAGAGAAUCUGAAAACUUGUAUGCAUGUUUUUCUGAAACUCAUCAAGAGACAAGCAAAAAAAAGAAAAUUCCCUGUGGCUCAUCAGAAACUCAACCAAAUCCACAGAGUUGGCUUUCUAGCAAAUCUGCAGUUGUUGAAGAACAUACAAAAAAUCAAUGCUCUGAUGAAAUUAUUGAAUUGGAUAAAAUUCCUCUUCCACCUUGUGAAGUAACUUCAGAAUUCACUCAGUCUUUCAUUUCAUCUAGUGAAAAAAAUUUGAGCAUUGAACAAAAUAGUAACUUGUCUGGCAUAUCAAACGAGUGUUGUAAAGAUUCAGAUUCAUAUAUUUCUGAAGCUAUAUCCUUUUUCAGACAUCAGAGUAAUUGAAACUUGUUGCUAAAAGAAGUUACUUGUAAAUAACACUACAUAAGUAAAUUUCUUGAGACAUAUUGACAUGUGUGUUAUGCAUGUUAGUAUUUUUCCAGCUGAAUUUUGUUAUAUAACUUAUCUCUUUACCCAACAAAUAUUAACUUGUGUAGUUAACAGAGCAAUAAAAAGUAACAUUCGUGGCUUUAUAAUUUCAGAGUUAAAUGUUUUUUUAUAAUACACAAUAAUUACUAAUCAGAUCAAAGAAAAAGAUCCAUGUGAUCAUACUGGUGUCAAAAGUUGGGUAAAGAGAGUUUCUUUAAUAUGUAGCAUUGUAGCAGAGCUGUGCUGUAAUAAACAAAACUUUAAAAGUU